UUGCAUACAGGAAAUUUGAGGGGAUGCUCGAAGUCUUCUGGUUUCUGAAAAUCUGAGCCCUGGCCAAAAAUUGGACUUUUCGGACACAAUGGUACAACAGAAAUUGGAUGAAAUAAAGGAUCGGAUCAAACGGGAAAUAAGGAAGGAACUGAAAAUCAAGGAAGGAGCAGAGAAUCUCCGGAAGGUUACAACAGAUAAAAAAAACUUGGCAUAUGUGGACAAUAUGCUGAAAAAAUCAAAUAAGAAGUUGGAAGAAUUGCACCAUAAAUUACAGGAGUUAAAUGCGCACAUUGUUGUAACAGAUCCAGAAGAUGUAACAGAUUGUCCCAGGACUCCAGAUACUCCAAACAGUGAUCCUCGUUUUUCCACUAACAACAGAUUAAUGGCCUUAAAAAAGCAAUUGGAUAUAGAACUGAAGGUAAAGCAGGGAGCAGAGAACAUGAUACAGAUGUAUUCAAACGGCUCUUCAAAGGAUCGAAAACUUCUUGCCACAGCUCAGCAGAUGCUCCAGGACAGCAAGACAAAAAUAGAAGUCAUAAGGAUGCAGAUACUUCAGGCAGCCCAGACCAAUGAAUUGGCAUUUGAUAAUGCGAAACCUGUGAUAAGCCCUCUUGAACUCCGAAUGGAAGAACUACGGCAUCAUUUUAGGAUAGAGUAUGCAGUAGCAGAAGGUGCAAAGAAUGUGAUGAAAUUACUUGGAUCUGGAAAAGUUACUGACAGAAAAGCACUUUCAGAAAAUAAGGCUCAAGCAAGGUUUAAUGAAUCAAGCCAGAAAUUGGACCUCUUAAAGUAUUCAUUAGAACAAAGGCUGAGUGAACUUCCCAAAAACCACCCCAAAAGCAGUAUUAUUAUUGAGGAACUUUCACUGGUCUCUUCACCAACACUAAGUCCACGUCAAAGCAUAAUAUCUACACAAAACCAGUAUAGUACACUGUCCAAACCAGCAGCUUUAACAGGUACUUUGGAAGUUAGGCUAAUGGGCUGCCAAGAUAUUCUGGAAAAUGUUCCUGGUCGAUCAAAAGCCACAUCAAUUACACUACCUGGUUGGAGUCCAAGUGAAACAAGAUCAUCUUUCAUGAGCAGAACAAGUAAAAGUAAAAGUGGAAGUAGUCGAAACCUUCUGAAAACAGAUGACUUGUCCAAUGAAGUCUGUGCUGUAUUGAAGCUGGACAACACUGUGGUUGGUCAGACUAGCUGGAAACCCAUUUCUAAUCAGUCAUGGGAUCAGAAGUUUACACUGGAACUAGACAGGUCACGUGAACUAGAAAUAUCAGUUUAUUGGCGUGAUUGGAGAUCUCUGUGCGCAGUAAAAUUUCUGAGGUUAGAAGAUUUCUUAGACAACCAGCGACAUGGCAUGUGUCUCUAUCUUGAACCACAGGGCACUCUCUUUGCAGAGGUUACAUUUUUUAAUCCAGUCAUUGAAAGAAGACCAAAACUUCAGAGGCAAAAGAAAAUAUUUUCAAAACAGCAAGGCAAAACAUUUCUCAGAGCUCCUCAAAUGAAUAUUAAUAUUGCCACUUGGGGAAGGCUGGUGAGGAGAGCUAUUCCUACAGUAAAUCAUUCUGGCACCUUCAGCCCUCAAGCGCCUGGGCCUGCUACGGUGCCAGUGGUUGACACACGCAUUCCUGAACUAGCACUGCCAGCUAGUGACUCUCCUGUAACCAAAUUGGACUUUGAACUUGAACCUGAACCCCCACCUGCUCCACCUCGUGCAUCCUCCCUUGGAGAAAUAUGUGAACCUUCAUCUGAGAUAAAAGCUCCAGAUACACCAGCUCAGGUUUUUAUUUCUGCACAGGAUGCAGUAACACCUUUUGAUUUUGAAAAUGACAGAAAUAGUAUUGUCCCAAAACUCCAGCCCGAAAUCAUUUGCGAGCGAGAAAUUCCAUGCUUGGACCCUGAGUAUACUAAUCUACGAGAACCAGAAGAUAAAAGAACACAACAGAGAUUUCAGUUUAGUCUUCAGGAUUUCAGGUGUUGUGCUGUACUCGGUAGAGGACACUUUGGGAAGGUGCUACUGGCAGAAUACAAAAAUACAAAUGAGAUGUUUGCUAUUAAAGCCUUAAAGAAAGGAGAUAUUGUUGCUCGUGAUGAAGUAGACAGCCUGAUGUGUGAAAAGCGAAUUUUUGAAACUGUGAAUAGUGUACGGCAUCCCUUCUUGGUGAACCUUUUUGCCUGUUUCCAAACCAAAGAUCAUGUUUGCUUUGUAAUGGAAUAUGCUGCUGGUGGGGAUCUGAUGAUGCACAUUCAUACUGAUGUCUUCUCAGAACCAAGAGCAGUAUUUUAUGCUGCCUGUGUGGUUCUUGGACUACAGUAUUUACAUGAGCACAAAAUAGUAUAUAGAGAUUUGAAGUUGGAUAAUUUGUUGCUGGACACUGAAGGCUUUGUUAAAAUAGCUGACUUCGGUCUUUGCAAAGAAGGAAUGGGAUUUGGAGACAGAACAAGCACGUUCUGUGGCACUCCAGAAUUUCUCGCUCCUGAAGUAUUGACGGAAACAUCCUAUACCAGAGCUGUAGACUGGUGGGGUCUUGGUGUACUCAUCUAUGAGAUGCUAGUUGGUGAGUCUCCCUUUCCUGGAGAUGAUGAAGAGGAGGUUUUUGACAGUAUUGUAAAUGAUGAAGUAAGAUAUCCACGCUUCCUUUCUACAGAGGCCAUCUCUAUAAUGAGACGGUUGCUACGAAGAAAUCCAGAGCGGCGCCUUGGAGCUGGUGAGAGAGAUGCUGAGGAUGUGAAAAAGCAUCACUUCUUCCGGCUAAUAGAUUGGAAUGCCUUGCUCGCCAAGAAAGUGAAACCACCUUUUGUGCCCACCAUUAGAGGAAGAGAAGAUGUUAGUAAUUUUGAUGAUGAAUUUACCUCCGAAGCACCUAUUCUCACUCCCCCUCGGGAACCAAGGAUACUUUCAGAAGAAGAACAGGAAAUGUUCAGAGAUUUUGAUUACAUUGCUGAUUGGUGUUAAUUUUGAGACACUGUGAAACCAUAGCUAACACUCACAAGAAUGCCUCUCUCAAAAGAAUACCAACCCUUCAAUUGCUCUCUGUGCCACCUGUAGCUUCUGUUUUUUUUAAUCACAUGAAGAUUCUUUUAAAGUACUGUUGUGAAUAGUCUUGCAAAGAGUGGCCUCUCUCUUUUCUGAGCACUGGAAAGCAGUUCUAUGGAGUUCUUAAGCUGAGUUGGUGAAUACAGGCCGUAAGAUGGGUACACUUGGAUCUGUACUGUAUCUUACUCUUCUACAGCAGAUAAUAAAAUACCUGUCUUAAGUGGGGAAAGAAGAUUUUUUUUUUUUUUACUACACUGAUGACCAUUUAACUUUAUUCAGCCACAUUAAAUAGAAUUUUGGGAUGCUGUUGAUAUUCACAAAGAAAAUGGUAAGAUGCACAGAAGGCAAAUGCUGGCAGUUUUUUUAAAUUACUGUAAUGUCCUGAAAUGUGUAAUUUUACAGACUUAUCUUUGUUUUUUAAAAUAAUGGAAAUUAAGAACUGAUGCCUUGUUUUGUAAAUUUUCUAUGGUAUUUAUUAGGGGGAAAAUGUUUAAAUGCCUUGCUUUGAUAUAUCAGUUUAAGUGCUUCCAUUUAAAAAACCAACCAAUAACAACAACAAAAAAUAAUAUCCAGAAAGUUUACCAAAGCCACUUGCCAAACAGUUUUUGCCUUUAAGUUGUGUUUUUAUGGAUGGCAUAAAAAAAUCCCAAGUUAAGAUGAAGAAUGUAGUAUGGGAAUGUUUGUCCAGUCUUAACCAUAAAUAGUGUAUGAACAUAUAUGCAUUCCCCAUGUCUAUCCAAUUGUGCAUUCUUGGAAUUAAUGCCUUUUCCACUAAUUAUGAGUGGACAGAUACCCAUACUGUGUUUAGCCAUCUAGAUCAUCUUCUAUCUGCUGUACAUGAUCAUAUCAUUUUUUUUUAAGAAACAAGGAUUUUCAAUGUAUACAUGUAUACUGUGAACAUGUAUAUUUGGAAGUUGUAAUGUAUUAUGUCCAGGCAUGUAACUUAAUUUUACCACUUCAUUAAUUUUGCACAGUGGUCAUGUGAACACAAUACAGAACUCUGAUUUAAUAGAAAAAACACUUGUAUACAGUUUAGGCCACUGAAUUCCAGAAUGUAGAUUGGCAGUUUAGUGAGGAUAAAAGUAAUAUGUUGUAACAGAAUGUAUAAAUAUUUUUGAUAAAACAGUGUAUAUUUUAUAAGUAUCUUAACACUAAAACUGUACCUCAAAAGUAGAAAAACAAUUUAGACCAGAUUCUGUGCGCGCUUGGGAAUUCUGUAUGACCUAUUUCUGGCACUCAGUGUUCUGUAGGCAAACGGUCACUCCUUGGAAAAUAAGUUUCCAGUGUUUUCCUCAGCUCACUAAUAAAAACAUUUUAGGUUUGAUUCUCUACUUAGCUGUGCAGGUUCAUUGUAGCCAACAACUUGCAGAAGUGAGUUCAGACCCUGGAAUUGAUUAUUCCAAAUAAGCUAUGUAAUAAACACUGAAGCCAUGUUGUUGUUGGGGUUUGGUUUUUGGGUGUCUUUUUUUAAAGAAUGGAAUAGUGCAACACUAAGGUGUUACUCGGUGAUAUUUUUUUUUAAAUAAAUAACUGCUGGACAGAACACUAGGUUCAGAACUCCUCCUGGUAAUGGUCCGGGGAAGAAAUGAAUUAGUAUUUCUGAAUAAUGUGUAAAACACUCUACCUAACACGAAGGCUGGUGGCAUUUUACAAAAUAUAGAAAUCAUGUUGGUUUUACAGAAUGAAUUCUUCUUUAGAAAGUGGGAGCAGCACAGUAACUUGUUUAAAAAAAGAUACUAAUGAACUUUGAAGGGAGAAAGAAAUUAAGUUUCUUUUUUUUUCUUUUUUUUAAUUGAAAUGUUAAAACACUAAAUGCUUUUGAGGUACAGUCUGCUUACCUGUUUUGGUUCCAAAAAAAAAAAAAAAAUAUAUAUAUAUACAGCAUCUAAGAGGGUGCUUAGCAUUUAAGAAAGCACCAUGAAAAAUACCUUUUUGUACUUACAUCUUGUACAGAAAUCUUUUUUUAAUCUAAGUAAAUCACUAAAAAAAAUUAGAGGGCAAGGGUAUGUUCACACAGUUAAGCUGAAAGAAAGCACUAAUUUUUCUCUCCUGUAGGUUUGUUUGUUUUUUUUAAUAUUUUUAGGCAGAUUAAGAUUUUAAACUCUAGAUUGUAAAUAUAUUUUGCUAUACCUUUAUCUGUAUGUGGCUGCUCAAGCACUUUGUAAGGAAAUUAGGAUAUUUUAGAAUGGUACACUAUGCAUUAAAACGAAAUGUGCCUUUUAACAAUGUCAUUCUAAGUGUUUUGCAGUCAUUAAUAUCACAAAUUAAAGUUUAAAUAGAAAUUUG